AUGAUUCUUUCACGAUCGAAGGCUGCUGAUGAUCCAAAAAAGAAAGUUCAAACAACAUCGCAAGAUAAACAAAAGAAGAAAAUUGGAGAAGUUGAAGAUUUUAUUGCUGCACGUGAUUAUACCGGCGCUAUUGCUUAUUUAGAAUUUUGUCGUCAAAAUAAAAAAGAAGUCAAAGAUCUUGAUUUAUGGUUGGCUUAUGCUGCAUUUCACGCAUCAUUUUAUUCACGAGCACGAGAAGAAUAUGAGGAAAUUCUUCGAAAAGAUCCAAAGAAUGGGCAUGUACAGAUCUAUUUGGCCUGUUGUUUAUUUAUGCUUGGAAUGUAUAAGGAAGCAGAAGAAGCUGCCAUGAAAGGCCCAAAGUCACCGUUACAAACACGUGUUCUAUUUCAUGUUGCUCAUAAACAAAAUAAUGAAGAAAAACUAAUGGAUUUACACCGACAAUUACAAGACGUUAUCGAAGAUCAAAUAGAUUCGUUGGCACUUAACGUUUAUGUUGCAUUAUGUUAUUAUAAACUCGAUUAUUAUGAUAUAUCUCAAGAAGUACUCGAUGUUUAUCUCAAAAAACAUCCAGAAUCAGCUACAGCAAUUAAUUUAAGUGCAUGUAAUCAAUAUCGAUUGUAUAAUGGAAAAGCAGCAGAGAAUGAUUUAAAACAAUUUUUAGAAAAAAUGAGCACAUCGUUUAAUUAUGCAAAAGAAUUAUUUCGUCAUAAUAUGGUAGUAUUUCAAAAUGGAGAGGGAGCCCUGCAAGUGCUUCCGGCACUUGUAGAUGUUAUUCCAGAAGCGCGUUUGAAUUUAGUUGUAUAUUAUUUAAAAGAGGGUAAUCUAGACACAUUUUGUAUUGAAUAUAUAAAAUGUAUAUUAAAAAUAUAUGUUAUUUGCAUGUUUUUAGAUGAUCUUGAUAAUGCUUAUGAACUAAUGAAAGAUGUCGAACCUCUUCAACCAGCUGAGUACAUUUUGAAAGGCGUUGUUAAUGCAGCGUGGGGUCAAGAGAAAAAUUCGAGAGAUCAUGUGAAAACAGCACAAUCUUAUUUUCAAUUAGUUGGUGGUUCUGUCAGUGAAUGUGAUACGAUUCCCGGUAGACAAUCAAUGGCAGCCUGUUACUUUUUACAUAAACGUUUUGACGAUGUCUUGGUCUAUUUGAGUUCGAUUAAAAGUUAUUUUUAUAAUGAUGAUACAUUUAAUUUUAAUUAUGCACAAGCCAAAGCACAUGAAGAAAAAUGGAAAGAAGCAGAGGAAGUUAGUAAAGCAUUUUUACUCAUACAAAGUGAAAAAGUAAAAACGGAUUAUGUUUAUUUGAGUUGGUUAGCAAGAUGUUAUAUUUAUAAUUCAAAACCACGAUUAGCAUGGGAAUUAUAUUUAAAAUUAGAACACAGUACAGAAUCAUUUAGUUUAUUACAAUUAGUGGCUAAUGAUUGUUAUAAGCGUGGACAUUUUUUUUAUGCAGCUCGAGCCUUCGAUAUUCUAGAAAGAAUGGAUCCAAAUCCAGAAUAUUGGGAAGGAAAACAAGGCGCAUGUGCUGGAGCAUUUCAACAAAUUGUUGCCGGACAUGAACCAAGACUUCAUACUCAUGCAGAUGAAAAAAGUCGUUCGAGGGGUGCAGCGAGUAUUCGAAAAUAG